CAGAAGACUCGUUUUCCGAUUGCGCUACUGUGUAGAGCUGCUGAAGGUUUUUUCAUUUUAAAAUGCCGGUUUGCGUGGUUUACGGGUGUACUAACCGUUGGAAUAGUGCUACCAAGUUAAAAGGAAUCACGUUCCAUGCAUUUCCGAUCAAUGAAGCUCGUAGGGCUCUGUGGGUUCAUAUGGUAAGAAGGAAAGACUGGAUACCUAACAAAUGGAGCAAAAUAUGUUCCCAGCAUUUUCGAGAAGAAGAUAUUGACCGAACUUCAGUUUCGAGUGUUCGGAUCAGGGAAAAUGCUGUACCAUCAAUUUUUCCUGCCUUUCCACCUCACUUACAAAAGGAACAGAAGAAGAGACGACCACCAACACAAAGGCAGCAGACAUCAAAAUGUACAGUUAAUUUAACUGCUACAUGCAGAACUCAAGAUGAAGCCACUACCAGUGGCUUUCAGGCUGAAGCUUCUCAUCCUGCUAAUCCCACCACACCAUUGAAUGUAAAUCCUGAAGAAACACCAAUUGUGAGGAACCUUAAGAGGGAUGUGUCUGUGCUGCUGACAAAAAAUGAAAAUUACAGGAAGAAAGUCAAAGUUCUUCAGCAAUCCAAACGCCGUUUAAAAAAAAAUGUGGCAUGUUUGAGUACAGUGAUGGAAGAACUGAGAAAAAAACAUUUUGUGGAUGAAGACAGUUUAAGUGUUAUUGCAAGCAUACCUGGAAUGCACAAGCAGCUAUUGCAACGACAGGCAGCAAAGGCAAACUGUAAGAGUGUACCUAGAACUUACAGCCCUGAGCUACGUUCGUUUGCUCUUACAUUAAACUUUUAUUCCCCACAGGCGUAUAAAUAUGUUAGACGCUGCUACGACACAUGUCUGCCACAUCCAAGAACAUUAGCAAGAUGGUACCAGGGUGUGGAUGGUGCUCCUGGCUUUACCACGGAGGCAUUUGCCAUUAUAAAAUCAAAAGCUUCUCAUCAGGGCCAGACUAAUAAAAUUCUAUGCAGUUUGUUAAUGGAUGAAAUUGCAAUCAGGCAACACAUAGAAUUUGAUGGAACCUAGUAUUAUGGAUACAUAGA